AGCGGGCAGAAGAAGGGCAGCUGGCUGCAGACUGAAAACCGUAUUUGUCAAACAUGGAGAAAACGCCGUGGUUAGACUAUGAAGUACGAGCUUUACUCGGUAUUUACGCCGAAGACGGAAUCCAACAAGAUUUUGAGUCGACGUGUAAGAAUCAUACAAGCAUUCGGAAUCAACUGUACCGCAACAUUUCCACACGUUUGGCCCAAAUGGGGGUUCGGCACUCUGCACAACAGUGCCGCGACAAAAUCAACCAAUUGCGGCAGAAAUAUAAAGUUAUUAAGGAUCAUAACCAGCGAACCGGCGCCGACCAGAAGACAAGUAAAUGGUUCCCGACUUUAGACCGAAUCUUGGGACACAAACAUUCGUCGAACGGAGACGUAGGACCAAAAGAGUCCACGCGUGAAGAAACGUCUUCAGUGGAAGACUUUGGUCAAGAAAUAAUGAGCCCACAAUCAAUAGUUCUUCCAAAAUCAGAGUCUGAAGAACAAAGGAUCAGUCAAGAAAACAGCUCAGAGACCACGAUUGGCCUUAAAAGAGAGUCUUCGGAGGAAAGUGACGUCACUGAGAGUGUCAUUCCAAAAUUAGAAUCCAGUGAUACUUCAGCUGCCUCUGCGCCAGAGAAUUCCACACCACGGAUGCGUUAUCCUUGUCCCACCUGCGGAAAGGCAUUUGACAGACCAUCGAAGCUGGAGAGACAUAAACCGAUACAUGCAAAGAAGCGUAAGACUCUUCAUCAGUGUCAACUCUGUGACAAGAGUUUUAAAGGAGUAGAAAAACUGAUCCAACACCAGAAGAGACACAAUCGAACAAACAGUCACCCGUGUCCGGACUGUGGAAAAGUAUUUGAUAGACGUUUAAAGUUAGAGAGACACAUACGAACGCACCUAAAGAAACCCAAAGUGCCUCAUCAGUGUCCAUUCUGCAUGAAGACAUUCAGUAAGCUGCAUAAACUUGUCCGACACGAGCGGGUGCACACUGGGGAGAAACCGUUCACCUGCCCCGUUUGCGGCAAACGAUUUGCCGAUUCCAGUCACUGCAAGACCCACGAGAAGACGCACGAGGAUCAGCCAGACAAACCUCACCGAUGUGAUGAGUGCGGUAUGAGUUUCUUCAAGACCUCCGAGCUCCGCCGACACUUUCGCAGACACACAGGAGAGAAACCAUUCACGUGCACUGUAUGUAAGAAGUCCUUCACCCGCCAGUCAGGACUCAAAAGACACAUGAGGAGCCACACGGGAGAGAGACCGCACACGUGCAUCGUGUGCAAAAAAGGAUUUACUUCUCGCGCUCAGUUAAACUCUCACGGCCUGACCCACACGGGAGAGAAACCGUACGUUUGCCCAGUGUGUGGUAAAGGCUUUUCCCAGCUGAGCAACAUGAAAGCACAUGAACGAAGUAUUCAUAUUAAGGCAGAGAAAUAUAUCUGCAGUCAGUGCAGCGCGACUUUCACAAGGUACAAAUCAAUACAGCUGCACCAGCGCGUCCACACGGGAGAAAAACCCUACCUGUGCAUCACUUGUGGGUGCAGGUUUUCUUGGAGUCACUGUCUGAAUCGACACCGGAGGUCACUGGCGCACAAACAGAUGUGCAUGGAAGCAUCCAAAGAUGGGCCCUCAGAGAAUACCAUAUGUUGAAAAUAAUAAAUUGGAAGAAUGUCCAGGAGCCUGCAACAAGAAAAUAACAUCCAGUUUAUUGUACAUUACUUCAAGAAGUAACUUUGAAGCCAUGUGACUGCACUACUUGCUGUCAGACUUUUACUGUAAAAACUUUUUUUUUAAAACGGGAGAAUAAACUAUUGUGGCAUUAGGAUGUAGAGAAGAUGAGUUAUUGUUUUUUAAAUCCUGGUUUUCAGAAGUAAAAUCUAAGCAUUAACCUUA